CCGCCGCCGCCCCCGGCCUGGCGAGGCGGAGCCCCGGCCGCCCGCUCCCUUGUGAGGAGACGCCGUCGGCGGCCUGGCCUGUGAAGGAAAUAAAUAGAGAAACAGAUCUAUUUAUUGGUACUAUUUUGUUUGGUGGCAAAAAGGGAAAAUGGCGAACGACUCCCCUGCAAAAAGUCUGGUGGACAUCGACCUCUCCUCCCUGCGGGAUCCUGCUGGGAUUUUUGAGCUGGUGGAAGUGGUUGGAAAUGGCACCUAUGGACAAGUCUAUAAGGGUCGACAUGUUAAAACAGGUCAGCUGGCAGCCAUCAAAGUUAUGGAUGUCACUGAGGAUGAAGAGGAAGAAAUCAAACUGGAGAUAAAUAUGUUGAAGAAAUAUUCUCAUCAUAGAAAUAUUGCAACCUAUUAUGGUGCUUUCAUUAAAAAGAGCCCUCCAGGACAUGAUGACCAACUCUGGCUUGUUAUGGAGUUCUGUGGGGCUGGGUCCAUUACAGACCUUGUGAAGAACACCAAAGGGAACACACUCAAGGAAGACUGGAUAGCUUACAUCUCCAGAGAAAUCCUAAGGGGCCUGGCACAUCUUCACAUCCAUCAUGUGAUUCACCGGGACAUCAAGGGCCAGAAUGUAUUGCUGACUGAGAAUGCAGAGGUGAAACUUGUUGAUUUCGGUGUGAGUGCUCAGCUCGACCGGACGGUUGGGAGGAGAAAUACCUUCAUAGGCACCCCUUACUGGAUGGCUCCUGAGGUCAUCGCCUGUGAUGAGAACCCAGAUGCCACCUACGAUUACAGAAGUGACCUUUGGUCUUGUGGUAUUACAGCCAUUGAGAUGGCAGAAGGUGCUCCCCCUCUCUGUGACAUGCAUCCAAUGAGAGCACUGUUUCUCAUUCCCAGAAACCCUCCUCCCAGGCUGAAGUCAAAAAAAUGGUCAAAGAAAUUUUUUAGUUUUAUAGAAGGGUGCCUGGUGAAGAAUUACAUGCAGCGACCCUCCACAGAGCAGCUUUUGAAACAUCCUUUUAUAAGGGAUCAGCCAAAUGAAAGGCAAGUGAGAAUCCAGCUUAAGGACCAUAUAGACCGGACCAGAAAGAAGAGAGGAGAGAAAGAUGAAACCGAGUAUGAGUACAGUGGAAGUGAGGAAGAAGAGGAGGAAGUGCCUGAACAGGAAGGAGAGCCAAGCUCCAUCGUCAACGUGCCUGGUGAGUCAACGCUUCGGCGGGAUUUCUUGAGACUGCAACAGGAGAACAAGGAACGUUCUGAGGCUCUUCGGAGACAGCAGUUACUACAGGAGCAACAGCUCCGGGAGCAAGAAGAAUAUAAAAGGCAGCUGCUGGCAGAGAGGCAGAAACGGAUUGAGCAACAGAAAGAACAGAGGCGUCGACUAGAAGAGCAACAAAGGAGAGAGCGGGAAGCUAGAAGGCAGCAAGAACGUGAGCAGCGAAGGAGGGAACAAGAAGAGAAGAGGCGUCUGGAGGAACUGGAGAGAAGACGGAAAGAAGAAGAAGAGAGGAGGCGGGCAGAAGAAGAAAAGAGGAGAGUUGAAAGAGAACAGGAGUAUAUCAGGCGACAGCUAGAAGAGGAGCAGCGGCACUUGGAAAUCCUUCAGCAGCAGCUGCUCCAGGAGCAGGCCAUGUUACUGGAGUGCCGAUGGCGGGAGAUGGAGGAGCACCGGCAGGCAGAGAGGCUCCAGAGGCAGUUGCAACAAGAACAAGCAUAUCUCCUGUCUCUACAGCAUGACCACAGGAGGCCGCACCCGCAGCAGCAGCAGCCACCGCAGCAGGAAAGGAGCAAGCCAAGCUAUCACGCUCCAGAGCCUAAGCCCCACUAUGAGCCUGCUGACAGAGCUCGAGAGGUGGAAGAUAGAUUUAGGAAAACUAACCACAGCUCCCCUGAAGCCCAGUGUAAGCAGACAGGCAGAGUAUUGGAGCCACCAGUGCCUUCCAGAUCAGAGUCUUUUUCCAAUGGCAACUCCGAGUCUGUGCAUCCUGCCCUGCAGAGACCAGCUGAGCCACAGGUACAGUGGUCCCACCUGGCAUCUCUCAAGAACAAUGUUUCCCCUGUCUCGCGAUCCCAUUCCUUCAGUGACCCUUCUCCUCCCAAAUUUGCACACCACCAUCUUCGCUCUCAGGACCCAUGUCCACCUUCCCGCAGUGAGGUGCUAAGUCAGAGUUCUGACUCUAAGUCGGAGGUACCUGACCCCACCCAAAAGGCUUGGUCUAGAUCAGACAGUGACGAGGUGCCUCCAAGGGUUCCUGUGAGGACAACAUCUCGUUCCCCUGUUCUGUCCCGUCGGGAUUCCCCACUGCAAGGCAGUGGACAGCAAAACAGCCAAGCCGGUCAAAGAAACUCCACCAGCAGUAUUGAGCCCAGGCUGCUGUGGGAGAGAGUGGAGAAACUGGUGCCCAGGCCUGGCAGUGGCAGCUCCUCGGGGUCCAGCAACUCAGGAUCCCAGCCAGGGUCCCAUCCGGGGUCUCAGAGCGGCUCUGGGGAGCGCUUCAGAGUGAGAUCAUCGUCCAAAUCUGAAGGCUCUCCAUCUCAGCGUCUAGAAAAUGCAGUGAAAAAACCUGAAGAAAAGAAAGAAGUUUUCAGACCUCUCAAACCUACUGAUUUGACUGCACUGGCCAAAGAGCUUCGAGCAGUGGAAGAUGUGCGACCACCACACAAAGUGACAGACUAUUCCUCAUCCAGUGAGGAGUCAGGGACGACAGAUGAGGAAGACGAUGAUGUAGAACAAGAAGGGGUGGAGGAAGCCACCUCUGGACCAGAGGACACCAGAGCAGCGUCGUCUCUGAAUUUGAGCAAUGGUGAAACAGAGUCGGUGAAAACCAUGAUUGUCCAUGAUGAUGUAGAAAGUGAGCCAGCCAUGACCCCAUCCAAGGAGGGCACUCUCAUCGUCCGCCAGAGUACAGUUGACCAAAAGCGCGCCAGCCAUCAUGAGAGCAAUGGCUUUGCCGGUCGCAUUCACCUCUUGCCAGAUCUCUUACAGCAAAGCCAUUCCUCCUCCACUUCCUCCACCUCCUCCUCCCCAUCCUCCAGCCAGCCGACACCCACCAUGUCCCCACAGACACCCCAGGACAAGCUCACUACUAAUGAGACUCAGUCCGCUAGUAGCACACUCCAGAAACACAAAUCUUCCUCCUCCUUUACACCUUUUAUAGACCCCAGAUUACUACAGAUUUCUCCAUCUAGUGGGACAACAGUGACUUCUGUGGUGGGAUUUUCCUGUGAUGGGAUGAGACCAGAAGCCAUAAGGCAAGAUCCUACCCGGAAGGGCUCAGUGGUCAAUGUGAAUCCCACCAACACUAGGCCACAGAGUGACACCCCGGAGAUUCGUAAAUAUAAGAAAAGAUUUAACUCCGAGAUUCUGUGCGCUGCCUUAUGGGGAGUGAAUUUGUUAGUGGGUACAGAGAGUGGCCUGAUGCUGCUGGACAGAAGUGGCCAAGGAAAGGUAUAUCCUCUGAUUAACCGAAGACGAUUUCAACAGAUGGAUGUCCUUGAAGGCUUGAAUGUCUUGGUGACAAUAUCUGGCAAAAAGGAUAAGUUACGUGUCUACUAUUUGUCCUGGUUAAGAAACAAAAUACUUCACAAUGAUCCAGAAGUUGAAAAGAAACAGGGUUGGACAACUGUGGGAGAUUUGGAAGGAUGUGUACACUAUAAAGUUGUAAAAUAUGAAAGAAUCAAAUUUCUGGUAAUUGCUUUGAAGAGUUCUGUGGAGGUCUAUGCGUGGGCACCCAAGCCAUAUCACAAAUUUAUGGCCUUUAAGUCAUUUGGAGAAUUGGUACAUAAGCCAUUGCUGGUGGAUCUCACUGUGGAGGAAGGCCAGAGGCUGAAAGUGAUCUAUGGAUCCUGUGCUGGAUUCCAUGCUGUAGAUGUGGAUUCAGGAUCCGUCUAUGACAUUUAUCUACCAACACACGUAAGAAAGAACCCACACUCUAUGAUCCAGUGUAGCAUCAAACCCCAUGCAAUCAUCAUCCUCCCCAACACAGAUGGCAUGGAGCUUCUGGUGUGCUAUGAAGAUGAAGGGGUUUAUGUGAAUACCUAUGGAAGAAUCACCAAGGAUGUGGUCUUGCAGUGGGGGGAGAUGCCAACAUCUGUAGCAUAUAUUCGAUCCAAUCAAACGAUGGGCUGGGGAGAAAAGGCCAUAGAGAUCCGAUCUGUGGAAACUGGUCACUUGGAUGGUGUGUUUAUGCACAAAAGGGCUCAAAGACUAAAAUUCCUAUGUGAACGCAACGACAAGGUCUUCUUUGCCUCUGUUCGGUCUGGGGGCAGCAGUCAGGUUUAUUUCAUGACAUUAGGCAGGACUUCUCUUCUGAGCUGGUAGAUGCAGUGUGAUGAGGCUUGCUGGCCCCCCAGAGUCUUCAAGAUCCUGAGAACUUGGAAUUCCUUGCAACUGGAGCUCAGAGCUGCACCGGUUUGGUCCAGGACAGCUGUGUUUGCAGACACCACGUGUGGGGUUUUUGUUUUGUUUUGUUUCGUUUUUGUUUCCUUUCUGCACCUCUUACCAGUUUAUCCCCCUUCUCUUCUUUUCCCUACUCAAAAAUAAAUCAAGGCUGCAAUGCAGCUGGUGCUGUUCACAUUCUA